ACAUUGUUAUCUGUUAUACUUUUAGACAUUCUUGUAUAGCAAGAAACAAUACUAUUCGAAUGGUAAAUGAACUUUAGUUAAGAACAAAUUGUUCAGAAUAUCCGAAUUCAAAUUUUGACUAAAGCUAUAAUUCAUCAGUCAAACUUUACUAUUCUCUCGACUGAAACUUCGGAUUGCAAACAAAAAAUUCUCAUUAUAAAAGCAUCUUCUGAGAUGUCCAUCUUAUAUUUCAUCAUCUAUCUAAAGUUCAAUUACUCAUUAUGGAGAGUAAAAAGACAUGCAUAGCUAUGAUUCCUUCUCCUGGAUUAAGCCAUUUGAUUCCACUUGUUGAGUUUGCUAAACAAUUACUCCAACAACAUAAUCACUUCCAUAUCACAUUCCUCAUUCCAACACUUGGUCCAUUAAUUCCUUCCAUGCAAACCAUCUUAAACACUCUUCCACCAAACAUGGAUUUCAUUGUUCUUCCUCAAGUUAACAUUGAAGAUAUUCCACAAACUCAUCAACCUUCAACACAAAUGAAACUCAUAGUAAAACAUUCAGUGCCAUUUCUACAAGAAGCAGUUAAAUCACUCAUUUCCAAAACUCACCUUGUUGCUUUAGUCUUUAGCAUGUUUUCAACCGACGCGCAUGAUGUUGCUAAGCAAUUCAACCUCUUGUCUUACCUUUUCUUUGCAUCAGGAGCUUUUGUAUUCUCAUUCUUUCUCACUCUACCAACACUCGAUGAAGCUGCUUCGUCCUCUGAGUUCUUUGAAUCGUAUUACGAAACAGUCAAUGUUCCUGGUAUUGCAAUUCCUUUCCAUGUCAAAGAGCUUCCAAAUCCGGUUCUCGUUGAAAGAUCAAGUUAUACCUACAAAUCAAUUCUUGAUAUGUGUCGAAAACUAUCAUUGUGUGAUGGUGUUAUAAUAAACACCUUCGCAGAUUUGGAACCAGAUGUCAUAAGGGCUCUUCAAGAAAGACAGAAACCUUGUGUUUAUCCUGUUGGACCUAUCAUUAGGAAUGAGUCAAACAGUGAAGCAAACAAGUCAGUUUCUUUAAGGUGGUUGGAGAAACAGCCACCAAGUUCUGUUGUUUUUGUCUCUUUUGGAAGUGGUGGAACACUCUCUCAUGAACAACUCAAUGAGUUAGCAUUUGGCUUAGAAAUGAGUGGACACAAGUUCUUGUGGGUUGUGAGAGCUCCAAGUAAACAUUCUAGUUCUGCUUAUUUUAGUGUACAAAAGGAUGAUCCAUUAGAGUAUUUACCAAAUGGUUUUUUGGAAAGAACCAAAGAAAAUGGUUUAGUGGUUACAUCAUGGGCACCACAAGUUGAGAUUCUUGGUCAUGGUUCGACCGGUGGUUUUUUGAGUCAUUGUGGUUGGAGUUCAACUUUAGAGAGUGUGGCUAAUGGUGUGCCUAUGAUUGUAUGGCCUUUGUUUGCAGAACAAAGGAUGAAUGCUAAAUUACUCACUGAUGUGCUCAAAGUUGCUGUAAGGCCAAAGGUUGAUGAUGAAAGUGGGAUAGUGAAAAGAGAGGAAGUUGCUAAUGCUAUAAAAGGAAUCAUGGAAGGUGAUGAAAGCUCGGAAAUUCGUAAGAGAAUCAAAGUAUUGAGUGAUGGUGCUGCUACUGAGUUAAGUGAGAAUGGUUCCUCUAGGAAAGCACUCUCUACUUUAGCAUUGAAAUGGAAUUAAUAAUAUAUACAUGUUGAGUGGCUUGCAGAAAUUAUUAAUAAGGUACUCAUUAUUAGAGAUAUAGAAAACUAUAGAAUAAGAGUUAGUGUUUUUGUUUUUGGUAUUAACUCUCUGGUUCCCAGGAAAGGGGCCUCGGUAAUCUAGAGUUCGGUCGCGAGGUAAGUGAAAUUUGGCCAAGAAUUGUUCCCACCAGGAAUGUUUCUAAUUAGUUGACCUAUAUAAGGACUUGAUGUAAACAUUUUCUAUUACUUUUCUUCAUAUUGUACUAUUUUUAUUAUCA